AUGCCGCGCGCGUCCGGCUCCGCGGCCCGCCCGGCGGCCGCCGCCACCAGCGCGAGCAGCGAUGCCGGCCACUCUGAGCCAUCAUGCAGCACACCUGCCUAUCAGAAGGUGUUUCGCCCUGUUACUCGGUCGAUGACCUGUAUACCUCCUGCGGUUGCUGCUACACCUGAUGCGAAGAAAAGAGUCGAUAGCACAAGCAGCAAUAGAAGUACUCCAGAUGCUCGCUUUAGCAUUCAGUUAGCUGCAGCACGGCCCACUGUAACCCGUGCUCGAACCCCUCAGGAAGUGACUAAAUCUGCUUGGAAACCUCUUACUCAGCCUGCUGUUCUGAGUGAAGACCAUAAGCGAGCAAGUACUCCUGCAACCAACCCUACUGCCAAGCGCUCCAGAGUUACUUCCGCACAUGCUGCUAAAGAUUCAGCUUCUAAAGUUAAUCGAAAUGUUCGCAGUGGUAAAAAGAACAGAAACGAAGAAUGUGCUAGUGAGGGUGAUCAAUCGGAUGGUGCUGUCAUCCCAUCUCCACCAAAGAAGCUACAGAGCGGCAAGGGACCUUCUGAUGUAGUUUCAAAAAGGAAAAGCACCAUCAGAAGCAAGGGUGCUAAAUUAGCUGCUCCGCUGAUUAUGGGGAAUCCAAGAACUGAACUUGGAAAUGAUCCUGCCAGUGUUGAUCCAUUGCCUGCACAGCAGCUGCAACUUGAGAUUGCAAAGAAGUCGAAUGCCAUUACAGAAGCUGUUGGCAGCCAAGUCAAUCAGUCAGUUGCUGCAGCCAUUACAGAAGCUAUUUCCAGUGGAACAAGUCAAGUCAAUCAGUUGGUUGCUCCAGCAACUACGGAUGCUGUUGUCAGAGGAAAAAGGCAAGCUGAUCAGUUGGUUACUCCAGUCAUUACAGAAGCUCUUGGCAAUAGAAGGCAGAUCAGUCAGCCGGUUGCCCCAGUCAUUACAGAAGCUGUUGGCAACAGAACACACCAGGUCAACCAGUUGGCUGCUCCCGUCGUUACAUUGCCCAGGCAACACUUUCAAAAUAACAAUCAACAGAAGAUCACCAAGAUACCCCUGCACACAAGCCAGGCCAGCGUGCGGGCUGGUGCUACUGGCCCAAUGGUCGUACCAAAGCUAGAAAUCGGGAAUGCGAAUGAGUCUUCCCAUGCUGUGUCGAGUGCUGCUUACAGGAAGGCACUGUUAAUCAAGCAGCAAGAGCAGCUUCUGCAGCAAUAUAAGUUGGUGAAUUCACAAACGCAGCUUCACAUCAAGGGUCCUGCUCUGUUUGAGGAUGAUGAAGCGCCAGAGACAGAGCCGCUGGGGACAAGGUGCGCGCUCUGCAAGCUCGACCUCGCUUUUGAGGCCCAUGGGGGCGCCGCCCACGAUGCCUCUGCUCCCCCUGUCAUCGCUGUCCUUAGAUGCCACCAUACAUUCCACAGCAGCUGCAUCGAGGACGUCUACGGCCUCGCUGAGCCCGCCCAGUGUAUUGCGUGCCUCGACAGCGAGACAGCGCACUGA